AUGGAUCGCGGUGCUGAUGAGCAGAACGGCGGCGACGCGGCGGAGUGGAAGAAGGUGGCCGACCUGAGGGUCGUCGUGGAGGCUCAGGACCCCGCUGCCAAGGAGGAAGACGACUUUGCUCUACGGAGGUUCCUACGGGCCCGUGACCACAACAUCGACAAGGCAUCGGCGAUGUUGCUCAAGUACUUGAGCUGGAAACGCACCACCAAGCCACGCGGUUCCAUCACCGAUUAUGAGGUGCAAGGUGAGCUCGUGCAGGAGAAGCUCUAUAUGCAGGGCUUGGACAAGAAGGGGCGCCCGCUAGUGUACCUCUUCCUCGCCCGCCACUUCCCCGCCAAGCGUGACCUCGAUGAGUUCAAGCGCUACGUCAUCUACAUCCUCGACAACACCUGCACCAGGUUGCAGGCAGGGCAGGAAAAGUUUGCGGUGGUGGCGGACCUUCGGGGUUGGGGGUAUGCGAAUUGCGACAUCCGAGCAUAUGUCGCGGCACUAGACAUCAUGCAGAGCUACUACCCGGAGCGGCUGGGGCGGGUGCUCCUGAUCCAUGUGCCCUACGUGUUCAUGGCGGCAUGGAAGAUGUUGUACCCUUUCAUUGAUGAUAAGACCAAGGAGAAGUUUGUGUUCGUCGCCGACAGAGACCUCGAUGCCACGUUCCGUGACUCCAUCGACGAGUCCCAGCUGCCCGAGGUGUACGGGGGCAGGCUUGAGCUUCGGGGCUACAACGAUUUGUCGCCACCGUCGUCGUACUCUCCAAUUAACUAA